GCUGUAAGACUGCGAUUCCAUCGUCCUCGUGAUUCGGAUACCUUGGGUCUAAAUCGUAUCGAAAUCUUGGGAACAAGUUUCUAUGGUCCACUACCCGCCAUACAGCCUGUGUUACAUUCUCAGAAAGCAAGGUAGGUUGUGUGUAAGUAAUCUUGGGUAUUCUUUCAAAGCAAAUAUGCUUUUUGCAUAACGUCACAGAUAUGUCAAGAGCAUGUGUGACUGGAUGGCAUGGAGAACAUCGGCAUUUUCAAAAUAAUAAAAGUCCAUAGAACAUUCUGAACACUAGAUCAUAACUAUAUAGCACUAGAGAGUUGAGAAACGAGAGUUUGCAUGAGUGUUUUCUCAACUCUCAUGCCCCGGUUAAAAUGAGCAGUGGCGUAGGAAGCAUCAAAAAGUUGGGGGGAGGGGGCGGUUUCGAGGGGCACUUUGGAGGGGGGGGUCUACUCAAAAAAUAUUUGGGACAUGUCAUAAUUUUUUCCGGACAUAAUUUUUUCCGAAAAUAACAAAAAUUUUCCGGAAAUAUCAUAAUUUUUUUCGAAAAUAAUAAAAAAAUUUCGAAAAUAAUAAAAUUUUGUUCGGACAUGAUAAAUUUUUCCGAAAAUAAAAAAUGUUUCGAUCUCAACGAAAUUGUUAACGUUGUCAGACAGAAGGGCACUUUGCCACCAGUGCUCCCCUUCCUACGCCACUGAAAACGACAACAAAAGUUGCAUGAAGUUGAUGAGAGUUCACUGGUUAUUUCUGCGUUCGCGUGGCGAAAUUCUCAUCCACUCUCAAAAAUGGCGUCAUUCAGUUAAUUUCUCAGUCUUGGUGAAAUUUUGAAUUAUUCGACUUGAUUUUUUAGUUUGAACUGGUCUCGAGCUUUAGAUUACUGUCUUCGCCGCUCACACAGUUUGUCAUCACUGGUGUUGGAAACACUUUCAAACACUGAAGGAAUUCUUAAUGUACUUCUCAAGAUACUCUGGACUUUUCCCAGGUAAGUUCAAAUGCAGGUCUAGAUAAUAUAUUUCUGUUGCUGGCAGCAAAAUCCAAAAAUAAAAAUUUCCUGUCAAAUAUAACGCCCGUAUUCUAAAAGCUCACUCACACUCAAUGAGUGGAGGUUCAAUCUGAGCUUCUCUCGAGUGUCAAUGCUGUUUUUGAAUAGCUGGAGGGUGAGUAGUCACACAGUAAGGUAUGACACUAACCCUCCAGCUAUUCAAAAACAGCAAUGACCCUCGAGGGAAGCUCAGAUUGAACUUCCACUCAUUGAGUGUGAGUGUGAGUGAGCUUUUAGAAUACGGGCGUAAAACGUCCUGCGGGAUUCAACUAAAAAUAAUACCAGAUUAUCAUUUUUUAGUUCAAAUCUCAAGUCAUGUGUGGAGUUUAUACUGAUCAAAUUUGCUUCGAGCUCGACGCACGUUUGCACUCACUUGCUGAAUCACUUGUUGUAUGGUGGAGCUGACCUAGCAGGCUCACUUGGCGUAUCGCACAGCAGUAACUCGGAAAACGAAUUGUUAUAUCAGUUAGGGAUUAUACAGGAUGACCAAACAUGGGAAAGGUAAUAAUGCCAUGGAUUUAUUUAUUGAAAAUUUAAUCUAAGAGAUCAAUUUUGACAUUAACAUUGUUAAAGGCACAGUUCAACCUUUAGAAUGAUGGUUUUUAAGGCGCAUUAUAAUCCUUUUAAUUAGCCUUUCUCACGAUGACGAAUAUCCGCCAUUUUUGGGUGGCAUCUAAUUCUCGGUAACCAAUGUAGACAAUUAAAACAAUGUGAAAAGCAAUUUUUCAAAAUAAAGUAACCAUUUACAAAGCAAAUUUACCAUUAUUCGUCCAAAAAAUUGUAUAAAAUCGCUGUUAUGUCACUUAUGUGGACUUACAGUAUCUCGCAGACUUCGGCUGAAAAGCCACCCAAAAAUGGCGGCGUGAGAAAGGGUAAUUGAAAAAACCAACUAGAAAAAUCAAUUAAACAAAAUUCAAGAUCAGUGUACUUGCAAUGUUUUUAAGAUUAAAAAUGUGAAAAAAUGUUAAAAAACAUUGAGUUCACUGAUCUUGAAUUAUGCUUAAUUGAUAUUCCUAGUUAGUUUUUUUCAAUUAAAAGGGUUGAAAUGCGCCUUAAAACUCAUCAUUUAAAAGACCGAACUGUGCCUUUAAAAUUGGUCAAGAAGAAUCAAUGUUAAUUAUGUUAUGGCUGUUUCAUAAUAAAGUCUGGACCAUUUGAAUUACGCAUCACUUGUGUAAUAAUUAGCUGGCUCAAAAAAUUAUUAUGAUGGCAUAAUUUUUUUUCAUGUUUCCCCAGAUUGAAGCCAUUGUGUGAAUGGUUGCUGUAUGCUGAAGGCCAAGCAAAUAUGGAACGUCCUCAGUCGGGAAACGCUGGUAGUAAUCUCAUCCCCAAGAUUAGAACUACUGCAGCCGUGAUUUGGUUAAUCAAAGAUGAUCCUGUCCUAUGUGACCAUCUGCAAGCUCUUAUUACUGAAGAAAAAUUUAGGUACGAGUGUUCUUUUCAAAUGGCCGGUUUGUGUUGUACAGCUACAGUAUACUGUUCAACAUAUCACAUUAUUAAUGCAUUCAACUGUCCAUGCCAUGAAGAAAACAUGUCAUUAACUUACCAACCAAUAUUUAUUUUCUGCUGUGAUAGUUGCCGUCUGGAACGCCUGCGACAGACGUAAAAAUCUCACAACUUGUCAACAAGAUGUGUUCAUAACAGGCUUGUAGGAAGCUUGUCAACAUGUUGUAACAAUGCUUUUGUUUUAUCAAGUUUUUAUUUUAUCAACUUGUUAACAAGUUGUUGAAUUGCAGGACGAUAACAAAUUGUUGGAACAACUUGUAACAUGUCUGUUGAGCUCAACAACCUUGCAGCAAGUUGUCAACAAGCCAUUACAAACACACGUAAGAACGCACAAGUUGUUACAGGUUUGCAAACAAAUUGUUACAUAUUUGUUCACAAGCUGUUGACAAGUUGUGUUCGCACUGCUUGUUCCUAGUUGUUGUAACAAGUUUGGAACAGGCUGUUAACAACUUGUAACAAGCUUGAUGGCAUUAUCAGACCUGUUACAAGGUUGUUCUAACAAGUCUAAUAACCAACUCAUGUAAACAAGCCGUGACACUCUUUUCACUUCUUUUCAGGCGUAUAUACGAAUGGUCUCAACGUGUACUGGAUAUCCCAAUGCUGAAACUCACAUUGGAUCAUCUUAUUUGUGCUUUGUGUUACGUCAUCAGGCCUUAUUUCCAGUGUUUAUUAAACCUGAGUGGUCCAUCGAUUGAUCAAUCAGAAGGCAAGACUAACUACUCGGCUCUCACAACUCUGGCUCGAGCUUCACACUCGUCACCAGGUGCAAAAGAUUUACUCGAGUCGACAAUCCUUCAGAAAGUAGUUGAAAAUGUGGAGAAAUCUUGUAGGAAAUUUAUGAAAGGAUCAAAAAAGGUCUCAAGUUCCACACAGUUAUCAGAUAAAUCAUCGCCAAAUUCUCUAGAAGCACUCGAGAAGUUGUUGGAGUUUUUGACAUUGUGUUUAGGACAUCAUCAACUCAAAGAUUGGUUGGGAAGUGAAGAAGGCAGUUCAUUUUGGCAAUCACUUUUGAGUUUUUUGACUGACUGCCACUCGCGUGUUUCCACGCGGGACCCCUCGCGUGUGUUCACGCGGGAUACCUCGCGUGUAUCUGUGUGCCCGCGUGUCCUUGCAAGCUUACAAACAACAUCGUUAAGAUACUUUAAGACAUGCGUGUCUGGUCACUUGAGGAACCAACAAAACCUCGCGCGUGUACUGUUUGAACUACUCGCGAGGGAAAGUGAUGACGUCAAACCCAAAACUUUAUCGGGAUUUCUUCGGAGGCUUGUCUUGGAACUUCUGUUGGACGACGAUCAUAUGACUCUAGCGGUCACGUGUUCGAAUAUUACAUCGCAGAGCGUGGUGACGUCACCUGGGAAUGCGUCCCAGUCUCCUCUGUGGCAUCCGCGGUUUGGUACAUCGAACUCGUGUAAGCUCGUGAGCGUCCGAACGAAUACGAAAGGUCAGGAAAUUCUCAACACGAUGGUAGUGAAUCCGUUACAACAAUUACAGUCUCUAAGUUCGGGAGUGAACGACACUGCCCAGAAAACGUCGGAAACCCUACAAGAUCUUGCUGAAUUAUUUGAAUUCGGUGAUUUAUCCAAACACGAGGCUUUCACGUUGACCUCAUCCGCUUUCAAUGUGAAACACAAGCGUGAUAAGAAGAAAGAGGAAGGGACUAGUAACGAGGGUACCGGGGUUAACCCUAAUCCGGAUGUAAAGCUCCCUAUUGAAAACUGGCUAUGUUGUAAGGAUGGUCCGCUUGCUGAAAUACCGCUGCCCAAGGAUAUCACCGUCUCGCAAAUAAUGCAAACUGUAGUAGAAUACGGCCAGGGCAUGGGGACGAUAUGUCUUAGGCUUGAUAUCAGGUCCCCCAUGGACCGCAAUACCAGCAUCCCUAGCGAGAAGUCAUGUGACAUGAUAUCCCAGAAAUCCGUGUCUACAUUAUUGGAAGUCUUUUCAGAGCUUGGUGGCCUUGCCCUCAUAGCAAAUCAUCUACCCCCUCGGUUCUCUCUCGACAUGAGUUCGGAUUCAAAUCGGACUGCGACGUCAUUGUAUAACCCAGUAGUUGUGACGUCACUUGUCCCAGGCUACUCUCUGAUGGGUUUCACAAUGUUUCUACGACUGCCUGGCUACGCAUCUAUAUUAUUGGAAAAUCAGCAGAAUGCUUGUUACAUGUUGAGGUUGAUUCUUGGAGUAGAUGAUAGCGGUGAUGGAG